AAAAUAUUUUCGCGAUUUUCUCCAGGAAUUCAGCGAAUAUUUCUUGUUUUAAGUAUUUCCCGAAGUGAUUUUAGGUCUCACACAAAUCGCCAUGAAAUCGGCCUCAUCGGAGAAGGUGGAAAUCUUCAUUCACGAGCAUCUCCGGGAAGAUUUGCGAGUGUACGAAGCGCAGUUGAAGGAGCUCAACGCGGAGAUUUUGGAGUAUGUUCAGCUGAAAACCAUGAUCGAAAGCAUCCUGAAGAACAAAGCGAACGGCGAAGGAUUCAAAACGCAAGUCAACAUCGGCGGAAACAUGUUCAUGAAGGCACGCGCCGACAACGUGGACCGACUGCUGGUGGACGUGGGGCUGAAAGUGUUUGUAGAAUUUACCAUCGAAGAGGCUCUCCGAUUUGUGGACUUGCGAGUGCGGAUCCUGACCAAACAGGCCGAUGUUGUGCGAGACAAAAGCAUCGAGACGAAGGCUCACAUUAAACUGGCGCUGCUGGUGAUUGGAGAUUCCCAACGAUUACAUACGAGAGACGAUCGGUGAACACGCCCGUUGCAGAAAGGCAUCGAACGUUGUAACCUGUACAAAUAAAAAGCGAUAAGUUUUC